CCACCAAAUAACGGUUGGAAGCGGCGAUGGCGCAACCUUCUUUUCUUCAUUCUCAUUCUCCCCCACCCCUUGUCUUCGUCUACAACAUCCCGAUUCCGCAUCCCUGAAAGCACAAUGGCCUCCAACGACACCACAAACGAGCACCCUGCAGUCACCCGCUUCCGCGAGUAUCUGCGCAUCAAGACCGUCCAGCCCAACCCCGACUAUGUAGGAAGCACCGCUUUCCUAAUCCGCGAGGCUGAGGAGAUUGGCAUUCCAUACAAAGUCGUCGAGUGCGUCAAGGGCAAGCCCACGGUGAUCAUGACCGUUGAGGGCACCGACCCCAGCCUGCCCUCGCUCCUGCUCAACAGCCAUACAGAUGUGGUGCCCGUCUUCCCUGAGAUGUGGACCCAGGACGCUUUUGCGGCCAACAAGGUGGACGGAUUCAUCUAUGCCCGUGGCGCCCAGGACAUGAAGUGUGUCGGCAUCAGCUACCUGGAAGUCAUCCGCCGCUACAGAGCUGCCGGAAAGAAGCCGCUUCGAACUAUCCACCUCACUUGGGUCCCAGAGGAGGAAGUCGGAGGCGUCGAGGGCAUGAAGCUGCUCGUUCAUCACGAAGAAUUCAAGAAGCUCAAUGUUGCCUUUGCCCUGGACGAGGGUAUUGCUUCGCCCAAGGAUGCACUCAAGGUCUUUUACGGCGAGCGCAUGCCCUGGUGGAUCAAGAUUACCGCCACUGGACCUACUGGUCACGGAUCACAGUUCAUUCAGGAGACCGCACCGAGCAAGCUACUCAAGGUUAUCGAGAAGUUUAUGAACCUGCGCAAUGAACAGGAGAAGCUGCUCGAGGUUGGAUUGCACCACAAUGGCACGCGUUACACCCUUGGAGACGUGACCACGAUCAACCUUACUUUCUUGCAGAGCGGCAUCCAGUACAAUGUUAUCCCCAUGGAGGCUACCUGCGGAUUCGAUAUCCGUGUUAGCCCCUUCUUCGACAUGAAGGAGUUUCAGGCCAAAAUCGAGGGAUUCGUCCACUCUCAGCCAGGCGUGACGAUGGGAUUUGUGAACGGACACUUUGACAACACACUCACCGCCAUUGAUGAGUCCAACAUUUGGUGGACCGUUUUCAGCGACGCCUGCAAGGGAAUGAACGUCGAGUACGAGACUGAGAUCUUCCCAGCGGCAACCGACUCGCGCUACCUCCGUGAAGUCGGUAUCCCAGCAUUGGGUGUCUCCUACCUUAAGAACACGCCCUUGCUGCUCCACGAUCACGACGAGCGCAUGCACGAGGAUAUUUUCUUGGAGGGCAUCGAUUUCUACGAGACUCUGAUUACCCGCCUGGCGGAUGUUACAGCUGCACAGGUCGAGGCUACCCGUAUCAAGUAAACCCAGGCCAUGCAACGAAAAACGUCGCUGUAGAUUAAAUGGCUCAGUGCCGCCCUAGAACAGAUUUUAAUUUCCGUUGGAGCAUUAAAAACGCACCAACUACGCGACGCCAUAGAAUUUUUUUGGUGAGCAUAAGCAAAUACAUGCAG